GAGAGGGCGGGGCUGGUUAGGUUGCACACGAAACACCCAGCUACGCUGGCUAGAGAUCAUGGCUCUGCAAACACAGUACAGUCGCAGCAGGAGUGCCAGAAAUCGCAGUACCGGCAACCAGAAGAAAGGUAGCGGUACCGACUUGCACGAGAUGUCCCGGAACAAGACGAGCGUCGCUGAGUUUGCGGCUGAGCAUUCUCUCCGAGCCAAGUCGGAGGUAGGCGUGGAGCAGGCGAGACGAGAGGCGAAGGGUGACGGGAGGAAACAGGCUUGGGCUCCACCGAAGAGACAGAGUCUUAUCAGUAACUCGGCCAGGUCCCAGCGAGACCCUUUGCGGACUCUGCCCCCACACCCCAGUAGUGGAGCCUCUUCCUCAGGAACCAAGUCCAGAGGUGCUGUCCAUCUAGAGCAACUGGACAAGCUGAGGGAAAUCUUUGACGAAGCUACCAGAAGUGGAGAUGGAAAAUUGGACGAAGAGGAAUUCCUGAGAGCCUGUAGGAAUGUCUUUGGAGAAGAGGCCAUGUCAACAACACACGAGGAACAGAUGAGGACCGUUUUCAAGAAGAUUGACAACCUUUCUAAUGACACCAUCAGCUGGGAUGACUUUUGCUCCUUUCUCUACCUGGAGUACCAUGAGAGAGACAGUGCUGAAGCAAGAGCCAAGAAGGUGGAUUUCCAUACCCCAGCAAUAAUAACGAAGGGGAGCCCCCAUCAUGGUUCAGUGUGUGCUGUGCAGCAUACCAGUGAUGGAGGUCUGGUCACAUGUAGUGAGGAAGGAACAGUGUGCUUCUGGUCACAAGAGCUCGAACUAAAACGAACCAAACCACUGACUGAAGUUGAUGUGAAGCAGAGAGAAAAACCCAAGUGGAUAUCAGACAUGGUUCUCUCUCUCCCACACAAGAAGAUAAUCCUAGCUACAGGAGACUGUGAGCUGCAGUUCUUUGAGAUGGUCAACUUUGAACCCUAUUGCCAGCUCAGCAGACUGGAGUCAAUUCCUCUUAAAAUUGUUUGUUGGCAUGAUCCAGAAGAUGAAGUGAAGACGGUGAUACUCCUUGGUGAUAAAGAUGGUGCCGUGACUGUCAUGAUAACAGACAACAUUCUGAAUGCUUUCACGGAUUGGAAAUCUGGUCCAAAGCUGGAAGGCCUGCCAACCUACUCCCUGUACAAGUUACUAUCUAACAGUGAGAGUGGAGUCAAGUGCUACAGGUGGAAACUUCACUCCAGCUGGGUGACUGAACUGCACUACUUCCCCAAGCUGCUGAUGUUUGGCUCCUGCUCUCUAGACCCUUCAGCCAGUUUUGUACUGGGUGUCCUCUCACCAAGUACAGAGGUGGACUCAUAUCUCCGGCAGACGUCGAGUGCCACCAGAGGAGCCAAGAGGAGUUUGCUGCCUGCUAGAAGGUUCAUGUCAUGUGACCAGAGGGUGUUCAGGAUGGCCAAGGGAGUCUCGUCGGCCGACUACUGCUCCAGACACAACGUCCUGGUGACUGGUAGUGCUGACAGAUUUGUCCGAGUGUGGAACCCCUUUAUGACCUCGAAGCCAGUUGGUACACUGGAGGGACACACUGCUCCAGUCUUCUUUGUAAAGGCUGACUCAGCAAACAGCCGACUCUUUAGCAUUGGGAACGACAACACCAUAAUGGUCUGGGACAUUCUUGAAUUCACUUGCCUCAAUUCUGUGUUUCCAAGUGUACACAAAUUCUCAGUUCCAACCCAAGCUGCUCACUACAAUGACGUUGGCCAGGAGGUGGUACUGGCAACAGAUGAGGUGGGUGUGAUCAAGCUGGUCCAGCCAGUGGGAGUGAGACAGGACAUGGUACAGACCCACCUCAGCCCCGUGGCCGGAGUGGCCUUCUCUCCCUGCUUCAACCACCUCAUUACUGCCUCCAGAGAUGGGGUGGUUAAAGUAUGGGCUAUGGAGACUGGUAAGAAGGAAUUUGAGUUCUCAGUUGGCAGAUGUGGUGUGAGUGCAAUGGCAGUGGAUAAGACUGGGAAAAGGAUUGUGACUGGUAGUUCAAAUGGGCAGCUGAAGGUGUGGAGCUAUAACAGCGGAGAGUGCCUCAAGACACUCGACAAAGAGAACCGGAAAGAGGUGGCCAGGGCAAGAUUUGUCUCUGUCAAUCAGUGCAAGUAUAAAUGAAGAGUUGUAGAGAGGUUUAGGUUUAGACUGGCUUGAUUUUGACGUAUUUUCAGGUAUAUUGUUGCUGCUGGUUGGGACAAGAAAUUCACAAUUUUUCCUGAUGUGGUGGAUACAAUUCAGGAGGUAUAUAAACCAAUGAGAGCUGGGAGCACUACUUCGGAUUAUGUACACGAAACAGACAUUCUUGCUCUUGCAUAUGGUGCACCACAUUUUCUGGCAACAGCAAGCUUCUGUGGGAAGAUUGUGGUGUGGAGUCUGAUAUCGUUUGGCGUCUUCAAUGAGCUAAAGGCAGAAUACCCCACAUCUGCCAGGCAUCCUCCAUCUGAAUUGGAAGGGGAUAAGGCAGUGCAGGAUUUAGUGUUCCUGGAGCAGAGAACUAAGUCCAAGAACUCAGCCAGUCUGGUGGCCAGUGGACCUACUGGUUACAUACACUUUUGGAAUAUCUAUGAUGCUUCAAAGCCAAUGGCUUGCUUCCGUGCUUCAAAAUUCAACUGUGUGACAUCACUGGCGGUCGAUGAGAACAAUAUCCUACUACUUAGUGGGGACAUUGAGGGUUACUUAUCGCUGUGGAAGAUUGAGGGCUACUGUACUAAUAUGAGCACAAAGGUCCCACCAAAACGUGCUGCAGUCUGGAGAGCUCAUGCACAGAGAAUAACGCAACUGCUGCUUGUGGAACAGUGGAACACUGUUAUCAGUGCAUCUGUGGAUACUUCUGUUCGUGUGUGGACACUGGAAGGAAACGUUAUUGGGACAUUUGGCCAGGAGAAACCGUGGACUCUUGGAGUACCGACAACCUACCAACAUCCCCUCAAAUCCAGAGACCUCCUGUUGGCCACAGAGGCUGUGGUGACUCCUUCCCUCCCGUCAUCUGACAGGAGUGGUGCUGAGUCAGGAGGAGGCAGGGAGUCUUCUGGGAAGAAGUCGCAGUCCAGAAAGCUGCGGGCUGCUGUACAUGCAGUACAGGCUGUGUUGACCGUUACGGAAAUGGAGGAUGAAGAGAUAAACGAGGACUUGCUGAAGUCAUAUGGUAUGAGUCUGGGUGUCCAAAGCUCUACUGAACAAAUCCAAGAGAGUAAAGAGUGUGGAAAGUGGCUACGUCACCACAGGACUCAGUCAGCUAGGCCAAGAAAGUCGGCUGGUCAUCAGAAGGUGUACAGACUGCUACCAUACCAGACACUGGACCCCGAGCCUGACUUUCGCAACACCUGGAGACAGCAAUAGCCAUAAUUAGUUCUUUGUAUAAAGUGAUUGUGAUAUGUGAUUGAAUUGCAAAUCUUUG